AGUAGUGGUCGAAGCAGGGAAGGGAGGGUAUUAUUGAGGAGAUCUUACUAGAAAAUGCUAGAUAAAACAUAAGACUUCAUAAGUGAAUGAGUUUCAAAUGUAUGGCACAUUCCUGUUUUGUCAUUGUUUGAACAUUAUUCUUGCCUCUUUCCAGGCAAUUUCCAUAAGUUAUAUGGAAGCAGGGAACCAAACAGCUAUUUCAAAAUUCAUCCUUCUGAGCCUUUCAGAAGAUAUGGACCUGCAGCCCCUCCUCUUUGGGCUGUUCCUGUCCAUGUACCUGGUCUGUGUUAUAGGGAACCUGGCCAUCAUCUCAGACUCCCACCACUACUCCCCCAUGUACUUCUUCCUCUCCAACCUGUCCUUCACUGACAUCUGUUUCAGCACCACCACAGUCCCCAAGAUGUUAGUGAACAUCCAGACGCAGAACAAAGACAUCACGUAUGAAGGCUGCCUUACCCAGAUUUUCAUGAUCUUUGCUGGGCUAGAUAAUUUGCCACUGACAGUGAUGGCCUAUGACCGGUUCGUGGCCAUCUGUCACCCUCUAUACUACAUGGUCAUCAUGAAUCCUCGCCUUUGUGGUCUCCUGUUUUUGCUUUAUUGGUUGAUCUGCCUGACAUAUUCUUUGUUGCAAAGCUUGGUUUUGAGGGUGUCCUUCUGCAAAGAGACAGAAAUCCCCCACUUUUUCUGUGAACUUGCUCAGAUUCUCAAGCUCACCUGCUCUGACGCCCUUGUUAAUGAUAUCCUGCUGUAUUUUGUAACUGGCCUGCUGGGUGUUAUUUCCCUGACUGGGAUCCUUUUCUCUUAUUCUAUCUCCUCCAUAAUGGGCAUUUCAUCUACUGGUGGGAAAUAUAAAGUCUUUUCCACCUGUGGGUCUCACCUCUCAGUCAUCUCCUUGUUCUAUGGUGCAGGCCUCGGGGUCUCCCUCACUUCUGGAACAGCCCAUCCCUCCAGAAAGGGUUCAGUAGCCUCGGGGAUGUACACGGUAGUCACCCCCAUGCUGAAUCCCUUCAUCUACAGUCUGAGGAACUGAAGGGGGCUCUGAGGAGACUUUUCACUAGAGGAACGUACUCUCAGUGAGAUAAUGGAAGUUAAGGGCAGGCAACAGAGAUCCCAAGUGCUGAUAACUGGUGUUCCUGAAUAUGUUACCUGAAGACAUAGAAAAGAAAUACCAUUUAUGAUAUACUAGAAGAAAACAUUCCUGAGCCAAAGACAAACUUGAAGCAGCACACCAGAAUGUUCACUGUCCACCAAGAAAGAAUGGCCAACUCUAUAUAGGAAAAAAAUCUAAAAAAGAGUGGAUAUAUGUGUAACUAAUUCACUUUGCUGUACA